GAGAGAUGAGAGGAAGGGAGGGAGGCAGAGAAAACCAGCAGGAAGGCGUUAAAGCAAGCCAGAGUGGGAGUGAAGGACCACCAGUUAUUAGGGUGGAAGGUAGAAGAAAGAACUUGUGUGUCUGAAGGGGAAAGGACAUAAAGACAGUCAGAGAAACUAGAGAGAAACAAUCGUGUGGGAGCAACAAAGUGCUGGAUAAUGGAGGUGCAGUCGGAUUGUGUAGAGCCUCAUGUGGCUCCACAGUGUGACACUCAGCCUGCAGGGAAGAUCAACAAAGCUGCCUUUAAACUCUUUGGGAAGCGACGCACUGGCUCUGGAAUGGCCAGCUUCUUCUCCUUCAGGAACAAAGGUACAGCAAACGGCGGAAACAACGGGAAUUCUGAAAACGGAAAUUCUUUGAAUGGAAACAGCUCAGCGGCAUCAGCAGAGCUUGUGAGGAGCAAAACACAUGAUGGGCUAUCAGGCUCUAAUAGCGAUGCUAUGGGACAGAGAGGGGAGGGCCUUACUAGCCUGGAGGCAGGACCGGUGAGGUCGCUUAGCAAAUCCUUGAGUUUCUUCUCCUUUCUCCGACGAGGGAGUUUUAGAACAAGUGAAAAUGGUGGGGCAGGGAUUGUGAGAAGAGGGAGGGGCCUGAAGGGCUUUUUUAGCAGCAUGCGAUGGAGGCGUAAAGAGAAAACAAAUGAAGCUGAAGGAGAAGAGGUGGGAAGUAAGAAAGAAAGGGACAUGGAGGCUGCAGAAUCUGAAAACAUGAAGGACAUUACUCUUACCCUUGAGCCUCCUCCUCAUCAUCACCAGGAGGACUGUGAAAAUGCAGAGACAGGAUCUAACCUCCAUGGGUCAGACACUCCCACCACUAGUGUUACCAUGACACCCACACACUGUGUUGCCAUGCCAGGACCAUCUGGUGAGCCAGACUCCCCGAUUCCUUACACACCCACCGACUCACCACUGCGCCAAUCCAUCCAAAAAGCCAAAGCUUCUGUAUCUAGUCUCACCCCUUCUCUUAUUACACCCCCUUUGGAUCGCUGCAGCAUGGGUGACCAACCUUCAGAGCCCUCGGUAGAUCGACUGUGUUCAAUCCUUUUUACAGAUGUCACAUCCUUGAAGAGCUUUGAUUCUCUGACUGGUUGUGGAGACAUUAUUGCUGAUGCAGAGGAGGAAGGGCCAGGGGGUAAUGGUGGAAGUGGUACGAGUAGUAGUAGCAGUGGGGGUGGAGGGGGUAGUCUGGGUGCCAGUGUUGGGAGAACCAUUGGUAUAUCCAGUGCAACAACCCAUGCUUCCCCAACCAAACCUUCAUUACCUCCCCAGAUCACCCAGCCCAUGUACUCUGUUGCUCAAAGUUCCACACCUGUCUGCCUCCCUGCGAGGACCCGAGUGCCUCCUCCUCCGACGCAACACCCUCCUGGUAGUGGUGUGGUGGCUUACAUGGGAGGGGGUGAAGAAAUGGCAAGCCCGGAAGGGGUGGAUGAUGCAGAUAUGCAGGGACUCUGGCACAUGUUGCCUUCUGCAGGAGAGAGCUCCCCUUCUUUACCACAUCAGUACCAGCCUUCCUGCAGUACCCUUACAUCCACCUAUCCUCCUCGCACCACCUCUCCUAGUACACAUCGUCCCUCAACUCAAAGAAGUGCAGAUAGAAAAGCACCGGUGAAGGCGCUGGGUCUCAGUAAGAUUCCAGUCGUUGGCGGAGCAGGAAGCUGGGCAGGUAAACCCCCUCUCCCUCAUGCACAUGGCCGUCAUACUGUAUCACCUGGAGAAAAAGAACUACUCAGCGAUGAAGGAUACUGGGAUACUCCCUCAGCAACACCUACAGCCACACCUGAUGAGAGCGGGGUGCAACGAAACCAGAAGAUUGCCCUUUCAAGGGAUAGCUGUUCUGGGGACCACCUUUACGACCUUUACACCGAUCCUGAAGAGGGAGAAGAUCAGAGGAGAGAUGAUGAUCUAAACAGUACCCCUUCUCCAUCUGCAGAUUUUAAAAUGAGUCCCACCUCCCAAAAAAGUCCAAUUUCAACCUCAUCCUCUUCUUCGUUCCAAUCUUUGAAAGGCAGCACCAGCCUUCCACGAGACUCCAAGAUUCCAGUAAGCACCAGACAAACCUCACCUCCCCACUCUGUAAGCCAGUCAGCUCUGUCCUCUGUACUGGAGGCAGAAACCCCUUUGCCAAAGACCCAAGCACCCCAACCAACUCGCACCAGAAUCCCUGUGUCAAAGGUUCCAGUUCGACGUUCUGGAAACAAGCCUGCCAACACAACUGGAGGAGCCAUAUCCAAGAAGUAGUUAUUUUUGAAAGAAUUUUUUUGUCUAACACUGGGGUUAAAUGUAUGAUAGUACAGGCCUGGUUGUUCAGAACCAAAUGCUUUCCUUGAAAAUCCUGAGCUGUAGAAUUAUCAGCUUAUAAAUUCCAUUCAGAUCUCAAGGGAUUUCCUAUGUUUCUUUUGGCUCUCUGGAAAAAAAAAAAAAUCAGUAGCCUUGUUCAUUUCAGACAAAAGGAGACUCCAAAGAAGCUGGAUUAACAUUUUACCAAUCUUUGCACUUUGGAGGCUACCUGUUGACAAUCCUUGAACAGAGAUAAUACAUUCUUCGACUACAAGUUUGUGAAAAAACUACGGACCUGUUAAAUUUCAUUUACUACUAUGGAAAAAGCAACAGAGCACCUUUUUAUCUUUGACAUCUUUUGUAUGAAACUCCUUGUGACAUUACUGUUUUCUUAUAAGGACCUACUCCAAUCAAAGUUUACUGUCGUUUUACAUAUUUUCCUUGCUUGAUUUGUAAUGAAUUACCUCCUAAUCUUGUGAUUUUAUAGCCAAAGCUAAAAAAAAAAAAAACAUUCAUAACAAACAACUCAUAAAUUUGAGCUUUUUCUUCCUCUAAAUUCCUGGAACAGUAUAUUUUUUAUCGUCAUUCACUUUCGAAAAUGGUAUUCUUUUGACCAUUCCCUAAGUUCAAUGCUGUUUUUUAGAUGCAUAAAUACAAGUAGAGCUAAUGCAGCUGUGUGACUUUAUGGCUAAAAAAGAAAACACAUUUUACUGUUUUUUUUUUUGAGAAAUGUAACCCGUUUGUGGACUUAUUAAUUUUGACAUUUGGUUGUUGGUGAUUCCCACCUCUACCACAUACUUUAUUGACUUUUUUUUUUACUUCUCUGGGAUUUACUCUAAUUUAACUAAACCUGCAAAAUCUUGCAAUAUAACACGUGGAGAGAUCCUUUGCACUGAUGCAUCCUCACUGUAUACAAACAGAAGAGUCAGAUUAAAGAAAAGCAUGCUCACACAUGUCAUUACUCUCAGCAUGCAGUGCACACAAGGCACAAAAGUCAGGGAAGAUCAUUUGAGAGGUGAAGAGUUUCACUUUAUGCACAUUGUACGACAUCUGUUGCUCUCUUUGUAGCUUACACUGGUUAAGUCUGUCCUCUAAGGACAUGUAACAAAAGCAAGUUUUCUAAGUGCGUUUUUCUUAUGUUUUCAGACUUCCGAAAAAAAUAAAAAUAAAAAAUCAAUAAUAGUAAAAAUAAAACAAACAAAGAAAAAAAACAGCUCAGAUCUCAAACUGUGAUUGUAUCAACUUGUUGGGGGAACUUCCUUCUUUUUCUGGAUUGUUUGGCAAGUUUUGAUGUGAAUGGUUGACAAGGACGUACUUUUUUGUACUGUUAUAAGUCGGACAUUCUUAAAAAGGU